AUGGGGGGCGGUCAAAGAUUUCAUCUGCCGGCUUCGCUGAAACGAACAAAAUCCAAGCCUCCCAACCACGGCUGGCAGCCAGAAGGGAAUGAAUAUAAAGUACAGCAUCUGCUCGGGAUCACUGAGACUGAUUUCAACACGGUACGAAACCAGAGCAUAAGCUCUUCAGCCACUGCAAAGUUGCCGGCCUUGUCAUUUUCUGAUGCCACGACCGAGCUGGGCUCUUCUCAUCCCCCAACAGAACAGCUGGAUCCAGGUGCAGAACUUAACUUGAAGGCGUCAUCUGUAUUGUUGCACGAAGAGUUCCUACUCAAAGCAGAUGCUACCGGCUCAACGAAUCCCAAGCGCCUCAAGACAUAUGGCUCGUCUUCUACCAUUAAUUCGUACUAUGAUGCUCACAAGGAGCCGUUGGCUGUGUCACAGCAAACUUCAGAAUCCUCCCGACGGGACUUUGCUCUUCGGAAGGGAGCGCCGGUGGUCAUCAAAUCUACAACCCCGGACAAGGACUCACUGCGUCAACUGAGGCUUUUUCGCCUCUCUAAAGGCGACAAUAAGUCGGCGGCCAAGAAGCCCACGAAGCUUAGUUCUCAAUCUGGAGACGUGACGGUCAAGAUGCUGUCCGGUAGCCAGCGUUCUGUCAGAUCCCCCGACCAGAAUGGAACGACAGGGCAUUUACACCCCGGCCAUCAUUCCAAAACGCCGAGGGGCGUGCGCUUCCAGUCUGAUCACCCUGCAACGUCAAUCAAUGUAGAUAAGUCGAAAACGUCCAGUAUUCCCCCUUCUCGACAAGAAUCUCCAUAUGUCAAGAUGAAUAUCAGACGACCAAAAGCCGGAGCGAAGCAUUGGUUCGACGGCCUGGAGGGUGACAGCAGUGAUGACGAAAGCGUUCAUGAGCCCGAACUGCACCCAAGCUUCGUUGCAGGAAUGGAAAUGGCUUUCGAAGGGGGUAGGAUAGGCCUCUUGACAAAUGAGGGAUCUCGCGUCACGACACAUACAUACGAGACUUCUAGUCGAGGAACAAGCUCGAAAGCACCAUCCAGCCACCUGCUCCCUUCUUCGACAAAUCCGGCCCGUGUGUCAAUCCUCAACGCCAAAUCGUCAAGGUCUACCCUUUCGCGAAACGAGUCACUGGAACCCUCAUCGAAGCCAAAAGCAUCCUCUUUGGCGUCCACCGAUCUCCACAAAACCAGCAUUCUCGACUUGUCCACUUCUGAGGAUGAUGAUAAUGAUGAUGACCCUCGGCCCAUAGAAAAAGGUAAUGAAUCUGGGAAGGUUCCCUUGCCGCUGCUGCGAGAUAGCAUAGCUGUGGAAUCACUGGCGGAAUCAGAAAUUGAGAUUGGGACGGCCAAAGCAGUCAGUACGAAACAGAAUGGAACUGCGAAGGCGACGCCCAGUUUGCGGCGUGUUCAUGGCACUCGUCCUCGAGGUCCGGCAUCGUCAUUAUCGAAGCCUUCCAACAAGCGACGAAACCAUCGAUCGACAUAUCUAAGCGAUAUGUCUUCGACUCCUACGCCAGAAGACGAUGACCUGCUGACUUCAUUCCCGCCCAUCCCAACAGACCAAGCAUCCUCGCACCGUCAGUCUUUCCCCGAAUCUUGCGUAUCCGACACCGCCAGCAUUGAGAGCAGGAGACUGAUGAGCGUUACCCGACAAGAAGAAUCACUUCUUGCUGCUAUCCGUUCAAAGAAAGCAUCACUUGGUCAGCCAUUCGCUGGCAGCGCAGCAGACCGAAGGAUACAGGAGCUGCGGUACAUGAACAAAAAAUCGACUCACUAUCAACACCCUCCACGGACCUCCGCAGCGUUGGAAGUCCAGCUGGCUCUGCAGGAGCGGACGCGGGGACAGUCACAAUCCCGAUAUUCAGAUGCAAACUUCGACCAGGCUUCUUGCACAACUUUUCAGACAGGACUGUCCACGGAGCCCAGCGCACGAUAUUCACAGGCUAGUUUUCAGACUGGCACUUCGAACCCAGAGACGGAAAUCUCGUCCUCCUUGGCAACAUUUUCGCCUACGUUCCUCGCGCCAUCGAAUGCUGCUGUCAAUAGGAUGAGCCGUUCGACCUUCUUUUCGACGUCAACCAAUAGCUCGAGAGAUAACUCGCGCAGCCGACGGGAGAGCCACUACCUAGCCACAUUGGAGAAGCUGCAGGCGCCACCAAAAAGAGAAGAGGUCUCUUCCCAGGACUUCAUCGAUUUUCCUUAUAAUGGAUGGAUGAAACUUGCAGCGGCAGCGCAUUGA